AUGUCUCGUGGCGCCGCGGCCGCAUUCAUCGUGGUGUUCCCUUCUUGCUCACCGGCCGCACCUAACGGCCAAGGCCAUCCGUCCGACGCCUCGCUGCCAAGCGGCAAUCAGCCGGUCAGCGUGCCCUUCAAGUCUUCAAUCCGCGACGACUUUGCUGUUUGCCGCGUGGUCCUUGGCGGCACUGGGCAGCAUUGGAUGCAGGGCGAGCCAAGGGGCUUCUGGUUUCCUCCAGUCUCCUUCUCAGACUCCAUCUGA